CGCCUCCGUGCAGUCUGUCAAAUGACCGGGAAUAGAAAUAGAGAAGGGGUCUGUCUGCGCGGUGGUGACGGAAUUUAUCAACGUGACCACUAGAGACGAAUAAGGGUUAAUUCAAGCUGAAUAAGCAUACUUUAAUAAAAAUGAGAUACCUACAAUCAGUGCAUUCACACUGAGAAAAUAAACGAGUUGGAGAAAAGACACUUGUCAGUGUAGCUAGUUAGCUAGCUGGGUCGAUUGCGUGAGACGACACAGUGAGGUAGCAGUUUGCGUGACAUCAAGAGAAGAUACAGUAGGUGAAGCUAGCUAGCCAGCCAUAGAACUCCGGUUGUGUUAAACUGUCCAAACUCAUUGGCAGAUAAUUUUCGUCUCGAUUGCCAAUAUUAGUUGAAGAGUGGUGAUGGACUUUCUUGCUGGCUGCAUUGGAGGUGCCGCCGGAGUCUUGGUUGGACAUCCUUUUGACACUGUGAAGAAUAAGUCUUACUGUGUUUGUAGAUAAGGGAUAAACUACCUCUUCCCAGCCAUAAACAGUAGUAAGUAAAGUUCAGGUCCAUCCCUUGUCUCUGUGUCUUUUGGUUCUUGGUUUUGUUCAAUCAGAAAGCAGUAGGAUAUGUAGGAACCCUCCCCAGCCCCUAACCAACUGUAAACUCUUCCAUGUAUCAGUUGACAGUUUGUUCAUUGUAUCAGAUUAGUCAUGUCUUCACACUUCAUUCACAGUACAUGUAUUAGCCUAUCAGUUUGGAAUGUCAUCGUUCAGUGUUUUCCCCUCACUCUUUUUCACGUUAUGUUUAUCAGAACGACAUAGUCAGGAUGUCUUGUGGGUGAAUUGUUUUUCUGAUCUGAACCUGAUUGGACUUCCUGGUUCUACUUCUGACUGUAUCCUGUCUGUUGCAGGUCAGGCUCCAGGUUCAGAAUGUGGACAAGCCCCUGUAUCGCGGGACCAUUCAUUGUUUUCAGUCCAUCAUACGGCAGGAAUCAAUGUUUGGACUCUACAAAGGCAUCGGCUCCCCCAUGAUGGGCCUGACCUUCAUCAACGCCAUCGUGUUUGGUGUGCAGGGCAACGCCUUGCGCCAGCUGGGACACGACACGCCCAUGAACCAGUUCAUCGCCGGGGCGGCGGCAGGGACCAUCCAGUGUGUGAUCUGCUGUCCCAUGGAGCUGGCCAAGACUCGCAUGCAGAUGCAGGGCACAGGGGAGAAGAAGUCCAAGAGGAAGCUCUAUAAGAACUCCCUGGACUGCCUGGUCCGCAUCUACAACCGCGAGGGCCUGCUCGGGGUGAACCGUGGCAUGGUGACCACCCUGCUCCGUGAGACACCAGGCUUUGGUGUCUACUUCCUGGCCUACGACGUCCUGACCCGCUCCCUGGGCUUCGAGCAGAACGACCCCUACAUGAUCCCCAAACUGCUGUUCGCCGGCGGCAUGUCCGGCAUCGCUUCCUGGCUCUCCACCUAUCCGGUGGACGUGAUCAAGUCCCGCCUCCAGGCCGACGGUGUGGGCGGGGUGUACCAGUACAGCGGCAUCGCUGACUGCGUGCGGCAGAGCGUGAAGAAGGAGGGCUUGAGGGUGUUCACGCGAGGGCUCACCUCCACACUCCUCAGGGCCUUCCCUGUCAACGCGGCCACAUUCGCCACGGUAACACUGGUGCUCAUGUACGCCCGCGGGGUGGAGGAGGGGCCUAAGGACUGUGAGCCGGCGCUGGCUGCCCCCCACCAGACACAGCUACAGCCACAGGCUCAGGCGUCCAGCCUGUGACCCCAGGAAGGCACGCUGUGACCCUUUGAUGCUGUCUUCCUCGUUCUACUCCAGGCUGGUGGUUUCCAAAAAAAAAGGGAUCUGAAUACCUCUGUUGGUUUGGAUUUGUGGUCACGUGAUUGGUCUCAGAAGUGGUUACUAAAAUAUUCAGAUCAAUAGUUGAAAGCUAGAAAAUAGUUGGAAAGCACUGGUCUAGACAUGUUACUGAGCCUCAUGAUUGGUUGUGGUGAGGGGAAGAGUCGUAGACUUUUGAUUCUGAAUGCCCAAGUUUUCUGUGUAUGUACUACAGUAUAUACCAUUGUUAAUGUACAUAUACACAUAUAUAAAUAUGCAGUGUGACACUGCAGAUGUACAUAUCUUUAUUUUGGCAGUUGAUUUCAUGUGGUGUUUCAAAGAAACGCUUUUCCAGCCUUAUGUUAUAAACAGUUUAACUGGCAAAAAGAAGCAAAGCACUGUUAUCUUCUUGAGCAAAAAGAGUGAAACUGUAAGGGUAGGACAGAGGUUUAACCCAAAGCUUGUCCAUGCUAAAUCACAUGCUGCUAGCUUUGAUACCAAACCAAAUAAACCUGAGGUCACGUUUAGAUAUUGUCAUGGCACGGUCAUGUUUGUGGUAAAGUGCAAUCUUUGUUGCUGUUUUGCUUGAGAUGUGGGCAGUAUUAUGGCCUGUAGAAAAGGGUAUCUCUGUGCAGCUCUGUGCUAUUCGUGUGGCAACUAACCUUAUUGAUAGAGAAUCAUUUAGCCUCUUAAGCACUGAAAGGGAUAAAAACGAAAGCACUUAUUCAGGACACAAUUUAUUGUGGAUUAGGAUCUACUGCAACAAGAAGAAUGGCAACCUUGAUGGAAAAUGAAAAGCAGAAUGUGAAGUUGAUAAUGUCAGAUUAGUGUGCUUUGUAUUCAGGGUGAUACUUUUGUUUUGUCUAGUCAUGUUGGUCUCUGUUUUAAAUCUGUGUGUUUUUUGGUGUAUUUAGUUUGGUUUUAAAAGAUUGGCCUGGCUAAUGGGCAUUGUAAAUAUAGAAAAUGCACAAAAAAACUGUUACAUGCAUCUGUAGUCAUUGUAUGCUAUUUGUUUGUCUAUAAUUGUUUCAUGAACUGAUAACCCAUUCGUUCUCCUUUCAGAGAACACCCCAAGUGUCACUUCACUAGUGGCCCUGGUUGUCCAUGAACUGGCCUAUGCUUUUUCCACUGGAAAGAAGCUUGUAUAGUUUCAGUACGAGGUUAUCGAGAACUAAGAACUACAUGGGAGCAUGUCAACAAAACAUAGUCGCACAAGUGCUCCACAGCACUUAAAUUCACUGUAAGCUGGAGGAAUUCCCCACACUGGAGUCAAUAAGCAGCUACUUAAACAAUGUCAACAAUAGCUGGUUUAGCUAAUCAUUCGUCUGUGUGUGGAUGGUUGAAGGGGGUCACCUGUGUCUGGCUGGGGAGAGGAGAGAGGUGAAUUGUAACACACUGAUCUAUCUUGUUGAAUGUAACACAAUUGUACUUUCACUCUCCCCAUAACUGUGUCUGGCUACUCUGAGGGAAAACAAACAUGGCUGCUACUCUAAUAUGUAUUUGACUGGAUGUUCCGAGGGGAAGCAUUUGCUACUGAGUUAUGGUGCACAUGACCCUUGACUGUGUUUUGAGUUGAGGUAAUCUAUCACAAACAAUUAGUUGUUUGCGAGUUGCAUUUGCAAGAGAUAAUCAUUAAUGAUUGUCCUGUUUAUAUAAUUUGUGUUAAUAAUAAUGAUGUUUGACUUUUUAUUUAUGUUUUCAUCUCAUAUUAUGUCAGUCAAUGUCCACAACAAAGAUGAAAGGGAUUGUUAGUUUAGCAAAUCAUGUGGACCCUACUGUGACUUGGAGGGAAGAUGCAAUAUGUAAAGAAUGUUACCCAACAUUUGUGAUAUCUAAGGGAAUGUUUUAAAGUGGGUGGAAUGUGUAAAUAUAUAGACAUAUUUUUCUCUAUUAGUUGUGGUGUCUUAAACAUUUUGGUUUGAACAGUUAAAAAAAGAUCUCAUGGUAUUUUUGUAACAAACUGUUAAGAAAAUAAAGAUGGCAAACUCAACUAA